UAGAGCUUCCUCCUGGCAUUAUAAAUCUAUGAGCAAGCUCAAAGCAUGGCACAUGUUGGCAAAAGGUAUUUCGACGACAACAUGACGUUUUCUAAGCUCUUCAAAGUGUUCCCCUUGUUUUGCUGCAUUGCUUCUGUUUGGACCCAGCUUUCACUCAGGAAUAUGGAAAAUGUGGCAGUGUCUGAAACAUGGUCAUAUCUGACAGUUUUUAAUGGUUUACUUGGUGGAACUGUUGAAAAUCGAGAUCUUUUCAUCGAACUAAAUGAACUAAGUGGUCAAAGUGAACGUCGGAUUGCCGAAUAUGAAAAAUAUACCCAACGGGACAAUUACACGAGGAGAAAUACCAACCCAACGGAGGAGUGGCAUUCCUUGCUUGGAAAUGGUAUUCUUCCAGAUUUUAAUGUCGCUCAUUCCCCAAGGAUAAAUCGUCAGCCCAAGUUGAAUUUCUGUAACAAGAACUUUCGGAAAAAAGGAUAUCAACUUCAGCCACCCAAUCCCGAUGACAAAUUGGCGUACAACGUCCCUGCUAUGUAUAGCAGAUAGGACGUUGGAAAGAAAAAGUUUUCCCCCUGAAGCAGUAGAAAAUAGCUGGCUGGCACAGUACACUGAUUAGACUGAAAAUUACCCAAAUUGCUAGAGAAAGUUUUCCACAUACUCAUCUGACUCUCGAUUUUCCUGGGAAACAAAUAGAACGGGCAAAAAAUAAUCCAGCUGUCAUUCAAAGCUUAAUGUUUACCUUUCACGAAUUGAAUUCUGCAGACUGAAAAACAGCAGCCUGGCGGCAACUUCCAC